AUGUAUCAUCCAGCUACUAGGACCUCCCACUGGAGGCGGAGUGGCCCGCAGAGUCACUACAUAAAAUCGCACUGAGCUCUGUUGUAAGUAGAUUACAAGAAACUACGUAGAACGUAGUCUUAUAAAUAAUCACCAAACGGGAGGGAUUAUCAUUUGCAACAUACAGACUAAAGAUGAGCAAGGACUCAGAGGUGGACAUGAAGGAUGUGGAGCUCAACGAGCUGGACCCUGAGAAGCAGCCCAUGACCGGGGAUGGCCAGGCGGUUGGAGGAGAGAAGAAUGGCAGCGUCAAAGUGAAGGUUCCCGAUGAGGAUGUUGCAUUCACUGGACUGUCCAAAGAGGAACUCAUGAAGGUUGCAGGCACUCCAGGAUGGGUGCGGACCCGCUGGGUGCUGCUCAUCCUCUUCUGGCUGGGUUGGGUGGGCAUGCUGGCUGGAGCCAUCGUCAUCAUAGUUCGGGCUCCACGCUGCAAACCCAUUCCGGAGAUGAACUGGUGGAACAUGGGUCCUUUGUACCAGAUAUCUGACCUGCAGGCUUUCUCGGAUGGAUUGAAAGGUGUGGAGAAGAAGUUGGACAACGUCAACCAGCUGAAGGUGAAAGGUUUGGUCCUCGGGCCUGUUCAUACGGUGCAGGCUGACCAGCCAAACACUUUGGACUUGAAACAGAUCGACCCUACUCAGGGAAGCGAGGAGGACAUGCUUAUUGUCUUGGAAAAGGCCCAUAAGAAGGGUAUUUCUGUGGUGCUCGACUUGACUCCAAACUAUCCGGGAGCAUCUCCAUGGUUCAGCGACAAUGACCUCAACAAUGUCGUGAAUGAUGUCCAGGCUGCGGCAAAGCAUUGGCUUGGUCUGGGUAUUGAUGGCAUCAAGAUUUCUGGCCUCGCCUCAGCCGCCAAUGCUGUGGAUUGGUCUGGCCUGCAGGGCGCUGUCCAGGGAAAUGACACGGAGGAUGCCAAGAAGCUACUGAUGGGCGUGGCUGAAGGUGUUUCUGCCACCGAGUUGUCCCAGCUGGUCAAUACCUCCAGCGCUGAUCUGGUGCUGUCAGACCUGCUCAGCACCAGAAGUCAAGGCGGGGAGCGCAUCAAUGCCUUAGACAGCCUGCACCCUCAUCAGCGAAGUCUGGCUUGGGGUCUUGGCGCCGCCCAACGGGACCAGCUAUCCAAACGGGCUGCAUCUCAAGCUCUGAUUCGCCUCUACCAGCUGCUGCUCUUCACCAUGCCCGGUACGCCCGUGUUCAACUAUGGUGAUGAAAUCGGCCUCCAGAUGCAGGGUGACGAGCCUCCCAAGAUGGUCUGGGACAUUGAGACGGAGCCACAGGAAGGAGCUGCUGUCAACGAGACUUCAGAGGCUCAGCGCAAAGAAUACAUAGCAGUGAGGAAAUGGUUCAAAUCCCUCAGUGACCUUCGAGGUAAAGAGCGCUCCCUCCUCCACGGCGAUUACUACUCUCUCCAGUCGUCCGCCACCUCCCUCUCUUUCCUACGCCUGUGGGACCAGAGCGACAGAUUCAUCACGGCGGUGAACUGGGGCAAUGCGCCGGAGAUGCUCCAAUUCAAACUGCCGCAAACAGAAGGAGUCGAGUUGCCAGAAUCUGCAACAGUAAAGAUGUCCACCGAUCCAGAACUGGAGGUGGAUUCCACAGUACCCCUAGACAAAAUCACAGUGGGACCCGGACAAGGUGUUCUUCUGCACUUCCCUUACACAGGCUGAAGAUGGCGCCAAGCUGCAAGAAAGUCACCAGGAGAUGAGUCAAUCUGAUGCUUUAAGAAUAAAGGUGGCUACAGAACCUUUCUUUACACAUUUUACAUAAUUUGUCUAAACAACAAAUGACAAAUAUAGCAAAGCAUAUGGCCAGUUGUUACAACUUUGGGGAGGGGGUGUUAUUUUGGACUGUUGUCAUUUUAGAUGUGCACUCUGUGAAAAUACAUAUUUACACAUUCCAUUCUAAAAAAGAAGUUUGGCUUUGUUACCAUGACAGUAAGAGAAGAAGAAAAGAGUUGAAAAGUGUCAUUGGAAAUAAACAGAAAGUUCUGUACUGA